AUGUCGCUCCGCCAACGUUCUCCGAGCCCGCGUCAUACACCCAGCCCUCGUCCAGGUCAAAGUCCUCGUGAAUCCCCUCCGUUCCGCGAAGCCGCCGGGCAGCAGAACUCUACGAGUGUCCGUUCGCUUACAGCUUUUGGCCGCAGUGGAGGCGAGAACAUAGAAGACGGGGGUGCUGAGAUACCAGACAUACCCCCCCAGCAGAGAGCCUCGGCCGAGGAGCCUAAGGCUCGUAUGGUGACCCCGGAACCACAGGAGCUAUAUGUGCCAGCAGGCAGUCGGUCACCCUCUACCGUCCCGAAGAGCCUUCUUUCUAAGUCGUCAAACUCGCAUCUGAAUUCGUCUGCGUCGUCGUUGUUGCCUCAGUCUGGGCAAUCCGCUUUGCCCGCACUUCAGACCCGAGCCAUUCAGGAGCACGAUGGCCUUGAGCCGCUCGCCGAGGAGGAGAUUGACCCAUCUUCUUUCGACCUAGUAGUGCCAGCACAUGCGCUGGGCAAGCAAUAUUCUCUGGAGACACAAUCAGAACUCCUGUUCUCCGCCAAGCAUCUGGGGGUGAUGUUUGAGGAUCCACUACUCCUCCAGCGAUUCACCAACUUUAUCUACCAGCUGCGGCCACAGUCAAUCCCUAUCCUUGAGUACUAUAUGGAUACAUUGAAAGCACUCCGGGCUAUAGACUACGCCAAUGCAGUUGUUGAUGGAUUAGUCCCCGUGCAAGGAUUAGACUAUACAUCCACUCCAGUGAAUGGCACGUUCAACCAGUUGCUCAGAGAGAAGGCGGCCAAAGCAUUCGAAACACUCGCUAACCAAGAAAUGCCUGCUUUUAUUACGCACACCUACAUUCAGACG